AAAAAUUAUAAUAUAGAAAUAUUAUGUGAUAAUUACUCGUCGAGUUUAACAAGACGCUUUUUUUUAUCAAAAUAAUACUCAUUGUUGGAAUAAAGAAUACAAAAUUAGAUAUGAGUUAAAAUAAUGUUCAGAAGAAAUGCAACAAGUGGAUCAGAUGGAGUUAGAAAAAUAAAAAUGCGUAACAUUGAGAUAAAAGCAAAAAUUCAGGAUAUUAAUCAUAUCAUUUCAAAAGCCAAAGAAUUAAGUAAUGAUGAUAAGACUAUUAUCAAGCAGCAUGAUACUUUUUUCAAGGUUCAAGAAGGAAAAUUAAAAUUACGAAAAUUUGAGAAUGGCACUGCAGAGUUAAUAUUUUACAACCGACCCUGUGUAUUAGGGCCAAAGCUAUCUAAUUAUGAUAAAGUGACACUAAGCUCAAAUGUUGUAGAUUCGCUUGUAGAUAUUUUGUCACAAUCCAUUGGUGUAUUAGGAAUUGUUAAGAAAGUAAGAGAGUUAUAUAUUGUUGGACAAACUAGAGUACAUAUUGACCAGGUUGAUGGUUUGGGCGAUUUUAUAGAAUUAGAGGUAGUUUUGCAAGAAGAUCAAGACAUAGAGACUGGACAAAAAAUUGCUGACAACCUCAUGCAAGCACUGUCUAUAAAAGAAGAUGAUUUAAUUGCAGAAGCAUACAUAGAUUUGCUUAUUAAAGCCGAUGCUUAAUUAAUAUAUGUAAUACAUUAAAAAUGUAAUAAAUUUGUCAAAUAUUGAUCCUAGAUAAUGAGAAAAAAAGAA